CCCGAAAGCUCAUCAUCUAAGCUCCAAAUCUCCAAUUUCGAUUUUUGAAGAGGCCAAAAGUUGCGGAUACACAGCACGGCCAGGUACCUCAGAGAGAAGCUCAUGAUGUUAACGGAGACGGCUCUGAACCUUCCGGAAUCUGACGCCACCGGCCUGAAUUUCAAGGAAACAGAGCUGACGUUGGGCUUACCCGGCGAAGCUCGGAGCCAGACGGAGACCAUUGCGAAGAACAAUAGUAAGCGUGGCUUCUCGGAGACCGUUGAUCUAAACCUCGGCAGCUGUAGCAAAAACCGGAUUGAAGAUCAAGGGGAAAGUGAAGUGUCCGGCGCCAGCAAACCUCCAUCGUCAAAGGCGCAAGUAGUGGGAUGGCCGCCGGUGAGAUCGUUCAGGAAGAACGUGCUGAAGAGCUGCACGUACGUGAAGGUGGCCGUAGACGGAGCACCGUACCUGCGGAAGGUAGACUUGGAAACGUACGGGAGCUACCAGCAGCUGUUGAGCGCUUUGGAGGAAAUGUUCACCUGCUUUACCAUCCGUAAUGUUCUAAACGAGAGCAAGCUCAUGGAUCCCGUGAACGGAACGGAGUACGUUCCCACCUACGAAGACAAGGACGGAGACUGGAUGUUGGUGGGAGACGUUCCUUGGAAAAUGUUCGUCGCAUCAUGCAAGCGUAUUCGGUUGAUGAAGAGUUCAGAGGCUGUGGGUUUAGCUCCAAGGACCCCUACACAAUCAACGAGCACAUGAAGAGGGUGAAAUUAAGGAGCCGUAUGGAAGUGGCGGACUUGAUUGCUUUUAUAUGAUAACAACUUGUACAGAUAUUAUUCCUUGUUUUUGCUUUGUUUUUUGUUGGGGGAGUUUUGGAUUAGCUAGGACUUAGAGGAAUUAGGAGAAUAGCAGAGAGAGAGWGAAAUAAAGGGUGAAGAGACCCCUGCCUGUAAUUAUUAACUGUUAUUAAGUAUUCUAGUUACUAACUUCAGAUCACCCCACAAAUAAAAAGGAAAAAAAUAGUCCUAUUGAUUCAA